AGUCAUAGUUCAGGGAAGGGGCCCUGAAAUAGCUGGCUCUGAAAGAAGGAAAUGCCGGUUAUUGCGAUUAUGUUCUUAGAUGGGUAGAAUUUCGCAUUCGAUUAAGGGAUAGUUUUGGGUUUCUUCAAGCUAAAGAAACUAGAGCCUAUAAAAGCUGAUUUAAAAGACCUCUUCUCUAGACUUGAUGAAACGCUGUAAUUGCCAUCUUUGGCUAACACUGAGGAGUUCAGGAAUGCCAAGCAAGUGUUUCCAGAAAUGUCAAACCUGCUGUUUUAAAAUAUGUCAUUCCAGGGCACAGUUAAAUAUACAACUUGCUCCGAAGAGGUGGGAGAAGUGGGCCGGUGAGCUGUGAAAUGAAAUCUGCCUAAUGAGGGUCGAGGCCAGCACACACAGGGACCUAUUUGCAGUAAAACAACGUGGGGUGACGCCUAAGAAAUAGACAACAUUAACACAAAGGGAGCCUACUACGUAGCACAUUUCCGCUAGACAUAAAAGAGACACCUUUCCAGGCAGCAACUCUAAAAAUGAAUGCACCGCCUAGUGAGGUGCGAGCCUUCCUCCCCACGAGGCGUCCCGCACAACCGCACGCGGACAGCGGGGCUCCAGCGGAGGCGGGGCGGAUGCGGAGACAAGGCGCCUAGGAGACUGGGCUAAGGCUUUGACUGUCCGAACGAAGAUUCUUUCGAACCUAUUGAUUUUUUCUAGUCUUAUGAUUCUUUCGAACCUUUUGAUUCUUUCCAUUCUCGGUUCUAAGCAUUAAAGCGCAGCUGAGAAAGGCAGCAACAAAGAUGGGAAGGGAACUAGCAGGAGUUCUCAGAGAAAAAUGGGUGAUAAUUUAGGGGAGAAGCCAUAAAGAAGAGACUAAGCGAGAAGCGGAGCACACGCAGAAGACGUGUGAGGAGGAGAAGAGAAGAAGAACCUUGGCGAAGGAAGAGAGUGACCAAACUCGUCCCGGACGGGAGGAGGGCAGGCCCGCCCAGAAGGAAUCGGCUGCUUUAAGGGAAGCCCCGCCCCCUGGUGGUGACGCUCCAGCAGGCCCGUCCGCGAUUGGCUGCGGCCAGAGGGCGGGAUGGGGUUGCUAGGCGAGGAGGGGAUCCGGCGGGCCCCCGCCGCCCGGAGCGCUGAGCCGCGGGAGCGGAGCCGGGGUUAGCGGCGCUGCUGGAAGAUGGCGAGCGGCGGGGACGAGCGGCCGCCCUGGCGGCUAGGGCGGCUCCUGUUGCUCAUGUGCCUGCUGCUGCUGGGGAGCUCGGCCCGGGCGGCUCACAUCAAGAAGGCGGAGGCGACUACGACAACUACGAGCGCGGGCGCCGAGGCGGCCGAGGGCCAGUUCGACCGCUACUACCACGAAGAGGAGUUGGACUUGGCGCUGAGGGAGGCGGCGGCCGCGGGCCUCCCCGGCCUGGCCCGCCUCUUUAGCAUCGGCCGCUCGGUGGAAGGCCGGCCGCUGUGGGUGCUUCGCCUCACCGCCGGCCUGGGGUCGCUAAUCCCUGAGGGCGACGCGGGGCCUGACGCUGCCGGGCCCGACGCUGCGGGGCCGCUGCUGCCCGGCCGGCCCCAGGUGAAGCUGGUGGGCAACAUGCACGGCGACGAGACCGUGUCGCGCCAGGUGUUGAUCUACUUGGCCCGCGAGCUGGCGGCCGGCUACCGCCGCGGGGACCCGCGCCUGGUCCGCCUGCUCAACACCACCGACGUGUACCUGCUGCCCAGCCUCAACCCCGAUGGCUUCGAGCGCGCCCGCGAGGGCGACUGUGGCUUCGGCGACGGCGGCCCGUCCGGGGCCAGCGGCCGCGACAAUAGUCGCGGCCGCGACCUCAACCGCAGCUUUCCCGACCAGUUUAGCACCGGCGAACCCCCCGCCCUGGACGAGGUGCCCGAGGUGCGCGCCCUCAUCGAGUGGAUCCGCAGGAACAAGUUUGUGCUUUCUGGAAAUCUGCAUGGUGGCUCAGUGGUAGCAAGCUAUCCUUUUGAUGAUUCUCCAGAACAUAAGGCCACUGGAAUCUAUAGCAAAACCUCAGAUGAUGAAGUAUUUAAAUACUUGGCAAAAGCUUAUGCUUCAAACCACCCCAUAAUGAAAACUGGUGAGCCUCAUUGUCCAGGAGAUGAAGACGAGACUUUCAAAGAUGGAAUCACAAACGGCGCACAUUGGUAUGAUGUGGAAGGUGGUAUGCAAGAUUACAAUUAUGUGUGGGCCAACUGUUUUGAGAUCACAUUAGAACUGUCUUGUUGCAAGUACCCACCUGCUUCACAGCUUCGACAGGAAUGGGAGAACAAUCGUGAGUCUUUGAUCACAUUGAUUGAAAAGGUUCACAUUGGAGUGAAAGGAUUUGUUAAAGAUUCCAUAACAGGAUCUGGGUUAGAGAAUGCAACCAUCUCAGUGGCUGGUAUUAAUCAUAAUAUCACAACAGGCAGAUUUGGUGAUUUCUACCGAUUACUUGUUCCUGGAACUUACAACCUUACAGUAGUUUUAACUGGGUAUAUGCCAUUGACUGUUACUAAUGUAGUGGUGAAAGAAGGACCAGCCACAGAGGUGGAUUUUUCUCUUAGGCCAACUGUAACUUCAGUAAUCCCUGACACGACAGAGGCUGUAGCAACUGCUAGCACAGUUGCUAUACCUAAUAUUCUUUCUGGAACAUCAUCCUCCUACCAGCCAAUUCAGCCAAAGGACUUUCACCACCACCAUUUCCCUGAUAUGGAAAUCUUCUUGAGAAGGUUUGCCAAUGAAUAUCCUAACAUUACCCGGCUUUAUUCAUUGGGAAAAUCAGUAGAGUCAAGAGAACUUUAUGUGAUGGAGGUAUCUGAUAAUCCAGGUGUCCAUGAACCAGGUGAACCAGAAUUUAAGUACAUUGGAAAUAUGCAUGGAAAUGAAGUGGUUGGAAGAGAACUGCUGUUGAACCUCAUAGAAUACCUUUGUAAGAACUUUGGAACAGACCCUGAAGUCACAGAUUUGGUUCAUAACACUAGAAUUCACCUUAUGCCAUCCAUGAAUCCUGAUGGGUAUGAAAAGUCCCAGGAAGGAGAUUCAAUAAGUGUAAUUGGCAGAAACAACAGCAACAACUUUGACCUGAACCGAAAUUUCCCAGACCAGUUUGUUCAGAUCACAGAUCCUACGCAACCAGAAACUAUUGCUGUAAUGAGCUGGAUGAAGUCCUAUCCAUUUGUACUUUCAGCAAACCUGCAUGGAGGUUCUUUGGUGGUUAACUACCCUUUUGAUGAUGAUGAACAAGGACUUGCCACAUAUAGUAAAUCACCAGAUGAUGCUGUGUUCCAACAAAUAGCACUUUCUUAUUCCAAGGAAAAUUCCCAGAUGUUUCAAGGUAGACCUUGCAAGAAUAUGUAUCCUAAUGAAUAUUUUCCUCAUGGAAUAACAAAUGGAGCUAGUUGGUAUAAUGUGCCAGGAGGAAUGCAGGACUGGAACUAUUUACAAACAAAUUGCUUUGAAGUGACUAUUGAACUAGGUUGUGUGAAAUAUCCACUUGAGAAAGAGCUGCCAAACUUUUGGGAACAGAAUCGAAGAUCACUAAUCCAGUUUAUGAAACAGGUUCAUCAGGGCGUCAAAGGAUUUGUUCUAGAUGCCACAGAUGGCAGGGGUAUAUUAAAUGCCACCAUUAGUGUUGCUGAGAUUAAUCACCCAGUGACUACUUACAAAACUGGAGAUUACUGGCGUCUCUUGGUUCCAGGAACUUAUAAAAUCACAGCAUCUGCUCGAGGGUAUAAUCCAGUUACCAAGAAUGUGACUGUCAAGAGUGAAGGCGCUAUUCAGGUCAACUUCACACUUGUUCGAUCCUCAACAGAUUCAAACAAUGAAUCAAAGAAAGGAAAAGGGGCUAGCAGCAGCACCAAUGAUGCCAGUGAUCCAACUACUAAAGAGUUUGAAACUUUAAUUAAAGACCUUUCAGCGGAGAAUGGUUUGGAAAGCCUCAUGUUACGCUCCUCCUCAAAUCUGGCUCUGGCUCUUUAUCGAUACCAUUCCUACAAAGACUUAUCAGAGUUUCUGAGAGGACUUGUAAUGAACUAUCCACAUAUUACAAAUCUUACCAAUUUGGGACAGAGCACUGAAUAUCGUCACAUUUGGUCUCUUGAAAUCUCCAAUAAGCCCAAUGUAUCUGAGCCUGAAGAACCAAAGAUUCGUUUUGUUGCUGGUAUCCAUGGAAAUGCGCCAGUUGGAACUGAACUGCUUUUGGCUCUGGCAGAAUUUCUCUGCCUGAACUACAAAAAGAACCCAGCUGUUACCCAAUUGGUUGACAGGACUAGGAUUGUGAUUGUCCCUUCUCUAAAUCCAGAUGGGCGAGAGAGAGCUCAAGAGAAAGACUGUACUUCAAAAAUAGGACAAACAAAUGCUCGUGGCAAAGAUUUGGAUACAGACUUCACAAAUAAUGCCUCCCAACCUGAGACUAAAGCCAUCAUUGAAAAUUUGAUUCAAAAACAGGACUUUAGUCUUUCUGUUGCCUUAGAUGGUGGUUCCAUGCUGGUCACAUAUCCUUAUGACAAGCCAGUACAGACAGUGGAAAAUAAAGAGACUCUGAAGCAUUUGGCAUCUCUUUAUGCAAAUAAUCAUCCAUCCAUGCACAUGGGUCAGCCCAGUUGCCCAAACAAAUCAGAUGAGAAUAUUCCAGGAGGAGUAAUGCGUGGAGCAGAAUGGCAUAGUCACCUGGGCAGCAUGAAGGAUUAUAGUGUCACCUAUGGCCAUUGUCCGGAAAUCACAGUAUACACAAGCUGCUGUUACUUUCCUAGUGCUGCACGACUCCCUUCCUUGUGGGCAGACAAUAAGAGAUCUCUUCUUAGUAUGUUAGUGGAGGUUCACAAGGGAGUUCAUGGAUUUGUUAAAGAUAAGACUGGAAAGCCAAUCUCUAAAGCAGUCAUUGUACUUAAUGAAGGAAUAAAGGUACAAACAAAAGAGGGAGGUUAUUUCCAUGUACUCUUAGCGCCAGGUGUCCAUAACAUUAUUGCCAUCGCUGAUGGGUACCAGCAACAACAUUCACAGGUCUUUGUGCAUCAUGAUGCAGCUAGUUCUGUGGUGAUAGUCUUUGACACAGAUAACCGGAUAUUUGGUUUGCCAAGGGAGCUUGUGGUAACUGUAUCAGGUGCUACUAUGUCGGCAUUGAUCCUAACAGCUUGCAUUAUUUGGUGCAUCUGCUCAAUCAAGUCUAAUAGACACAAGGAUGGCUUUCAUCGGCUCAGGCAGCAUCAUGAUGAGUAUGAAGAUGAAAUUCGCAUGAUGUCUACCGGCUCCAAGAAGUCCCUCCUAAGCCAUGAGUUCCAGGAUGAAACAGACACUGAAGAGGAAACAUUAUAUUCUAGCAAACAUUGAAAAACACAUUUUGCAUAUCUCCCAGCAUAAGUACCAAGCAAAAUUACAGUUCCUCUUGGGAGAACACUGCAUUAAGAAGAGAGACUCUCUUGCUUCUUCAAAGAGCUUUGGGAAAUUAAAUUGCUAAAUUUGUAUUCUCUGUGAAUUUCACUGGCAGUUUUGAACUUCCCUUCCUUAAAGUACUCUAAACCUUUAAAAAAAAAUCUGAUUUAUGCAGCAGAGAUGGGACAGCCACUUUUUCUUUUUAAUUUAAGAUGAGCUAUUUGGAGCUUAUGUAAUAAUGGCAUAAAGCCAACUAGAGGAUGUUGUAUUUUGCACAUCAGGUGUUUACUAGUGGCUUUAGUAUUUUUCUUUGUUUUAAAUGGCCAAAAGAAUCCAGAAACAUUAAGGCAGGGACAGCAGUCAGAAUCGACAUAAAGCUUUAAAAACUCAAGGUUUUUUCAACCUACUGAGGAGUACUUUUCUCUAGUUGUUAAAUAGCUGGAGUUUUUCUUAUUCAGGUUUAAUGGAGGUUGAAUUGAUUUUUAAACACAUAUAACAGUAGGAAAUGAAUAAAUGGGCUUCUGCAUUUGGCUUUCUACCUGUUCCAAGGCUAGAUCGGAACUGGUAGACUACGCUGUAAGCAGGAUUUCACUACCUCUCUUAAGGUUUAGCAAACUUCUAAAUAGCCCAUUUUAAGGGAGAACUUACUAACUUUGUUGUGAAAGGUCUAAAUGCCCACUUGAAUGAAGCUGAGAGAGAGAUCUAGCAAAAGCUAAAACUCAUGUUGUCUAUCUUUGAACUUGGUAAAAACCCACAGGUGCUGCUGCUUAUAUCUGUGAAGCACUAGCUUAUUCUAGGAAUGCCUGAUUCUUUAAUAUUGCCUAAAUCGGAACCUUUUUCUAUGUUGCACACAUGGUUUUCAGAUGACCCAGCCAUCUACAAGAUCUGAAUUCUACUGAAAAUAUCUGGAAAUGUGGAAGAGACCUACUUGCACAUUCUUAACCUGUAUUUGAACACAAAAUAUCUAUACUUCAUGCUCCAGCCCAAGCCUAUACCCUGUAAUAGCAUACUAUUAUUGAAAUCGCUUGAGCGGUCUUGUUCACAUAGGCCUCUGGGAGUGAUUUGGUUCUUUGCCCUAAUGUUUCAUUUGACGGUCUCUUUUUGAUCAACCAAUUUUGCUAAAAGUUCAGUCGAAAGCUUUUAAGUGUAGCUUCCUCCCUUGAAAAAAAAUGUAAACUAUGACUGCUGAGUGAUAAAACACUGUGGUGUGAAAGUGUCAUCUUCACUGCCAAUCAGGCAAAGACCGGAAAGAUUUGCAUUUUAUUAUGUCUGUCUUAUCAUGCAAUGGAAAUGAUGCUUUUUGUAAGUAUGCAUCUUACCAAUGAUGUAACGGUUUAAUACCUUUGAAUGUUUUAAUAACCAAGUUGCUGCUGAACUUAUACUAAAUCAGGGGACCAAAAAACUUGCUCUUAUCUUCUCAAAUUGUAUUCCAUAUCCAUUAAUGUAUCAGUUAUCCCAAAGCCUUCAGGUGGAGGGGUUUACCACCUUCCUAGGUCGUUCAACCAGGUUUUGUGAGGAAUGCAUUCAAAGUGGCUUUAUAAAAGAAGAUUUUGUUUAGCAAGAAUAAUGAGGUCAUGUCAUUUGUUAAUAAGUAUCUGUGAUAAAUCCGUGGUUCAAGGUUAAGCCAUUCUGGUAUUCUGGUAUUAGCAACUGUAAAUUCUGCCACCUCAUACAUGGAACAGAGCUUGUGGGAUGCUAAUAGUUAGUGAAGUAUACAUGAUUUAAUUUCUAAUAAUCUUUAUGUUUUCUUUAAGGAUGGUGGUGUAUUGCUCUUUUUCAGCUUUAUUUUUAAGAGUACAGUCAGGAAACCAACAAGGGGCCUAAGAGUGGCUGCCCCUGCUUGGGACAUUACAGCAAGUGAAACAAAGUUAAUGUGACAAGCUUUGCUUUGUUAUCAUUGGUCUUCACUAGAGGAUACCUUUUACAUGUACUUCUCUCUUGGAUCAAAUAUGUCUUUAACUGUACAUCUCAGUGGCUGGAGGCCAUGCCUUUUAAGCAUGUGUAAAAUUUUUAAAGAAACGAACAUACACAUAGUUAUUUUAGUAAUAUUUCCUGAAAGAAAAACCAAAUUCUGCUAUAAAUCUUGAUCUUCAAUGAACUUUUAAAUAAUGCAUUUAGCUGGAAAACAAGACUUUCCCAGCUUGUGUUACCUAGAAGCGUGAAUGUAUAGGAUACCUGACUACUAAGACUAUAUUCUCAGCCCUGCCCUGUCUUUUAUUUGCGGAUCUAAUCUAAUAUUAGAAUAUAUUAACCACUUAAGGCAUUGAAGCCAUAUGGGAUGGGGAAUGCAUUUCUUCAGUGUUUCUCCGAGAGACUUCCCAUUUCCUUGGAGUUAUGGCGGCAAGUAAGUAUCAUAGUAUCAAGAAAUUUGCCUAAAUCUGAGUUGUGCCUUUCUUUACUCACAAGGCAUGGGCUUUGUCCUGGUGAUCAGUUUGUAAGCCUUCUUCCUUCCCAGCUCCUUAAUAAAAGCAAAGUGAUUGAGUAGGUAAUGUUCAAAGUGUCUGCCUGUGUACAUGUACUUGUAUUGAUUAUGUAGUUCAGUAAGAUGUGCCCAAGUCAUUUCAGAAAGAAAGACCCUUUGGUUUUGAUGCAUUUUGCUGAACACUUGGGUAGUGAGUGGGAUCCUAUCCAGUUGAGGAAUGCUUGCAAUGCUCAUUGAAGGGAUUUUCUUUGGGACUUUGUCAUCUUCCAGGAAGGAAACAUAUUGUAUAUUUGGCCCAGUGUGAUUGAUUGCUUUAUCUUUGGUAACUUUUACUUGAAUGGGAUUUGCUGAAUUAAUGACUAUUGAAUUUAAAACUAAUUAUGAGUUGACAAAUAAAUAAAAGAUAGUGUUUAUGUCUGAGCUUAUUGUGUUUGAGCUAACACCAGGUUACUCAGUAACCAUGACCUGCUCCUCCAUUUCCAUUUAUUCUCAACAUUAAAUAGUUUUAUCUUGUUGUUGCCAGAAAUGCACUUGUGCCAGGUAUUGUCCCUGCUGUAUGAAAAGCUUCUUGGCAAUGAAUUCUGUAAUAGUGCCCUACAUUAUGGUUUUCUGGUGGAAUUGUUUUAACAGUGACAACCCAGGAUUUCCAAUAUAUUUUUGUUUUAUUGUUAUUACCAAAAAUUCCACUAUGAUUGAUGUUCAGUGAUUUUCUAUAGCAACUUUUUUGGUAACUCUUUGGGUUUCUGAUUUGUUUUAGCUAAAAUUUUGGGGAUAUGAUUUGGGUCUUUGAUUAAUGUCAACUGAACUUGGAUUUCUAGUUCAUGAAGAAAUCUCUCCCAAUACCCAUUUAUCCUAUUUUUAGCAAUAAUUCGUUAAUGAUUCCACUUGAUUUUCAGAAUAUUGUCCUGGUUGAUUUUGAUUUGACAGCGUACAUUAUGAAAUUUGAAAGUAGGUUACCAUUUUGAGGCAGUUGGAUAUAAAUUAUGUAAAUAUGUAUGAUUAUGAUUUUUAUAAAUGGCAUAACAUGAGUGUACUAACUACCUUCUAUGCUGGCCAUGCUACAGAUUUUCUGGAGGUAUGACAAUAGUAUUUUUUUAUGCUCAGAUUAAAAAUCAGCUUUUCACCUCUCCAGUUUUUCCAAGUGAUACUCCCAGUUCUAGAGCAAUCUACAGCUGUUUAUAUGAGGUGCCCAACACCCAUUCAUCUCAAGUGCUUCAGUCUUUGGUUUAUUUCAUGCACUGUGCCUUCAAAAUGAAAUUUUUAAAAGGGACUUUAAAUGAAGUUGAAUAGUAGUUUUUAAAAGUCAAUUUGUAAUUUAUGUGAAAUCUAACUGUAAUGAGGUCCUUUCUGUUUUUUAUAUGUAAACAGAUCUACUAAUCCUGUAUAAAAGUUAUUUUACGA